UGUUUGUGCCAUAAUGGAAGCUGUGUUGCCGCCGCCAUUACCGUUUAGUUUUACAAAUAAUUUGGAAAAUGUUACAUCAGGGAACCUCUCCAAAGAAUGGGAGAAAUGGAGAAAAUCAUUCCAAGUUUAUUAUGAGGCGUGUGAAUUAUCUAAAAAAAGUGCUCAGGUGCAGAUGAGCAUAUUGCUGCAUGUGAUUGGUGAGCAGUGUCGCGAGGUACAUGCUCAAUUUGAAGGUACAUUUGCCAGUCUAAAGGAUUUAUUGGAUAAAUUCGAAUCUUUUUUCUCACCGAAAAAAAAUAUUACCAUCGAAAGGCACAGAUUCUUUACUCGGUGUCAAAAACAAAGUGAAUCAAUUGAGCAGUACGCGUUCGAGUUGAAAAAGCUAGCAAGUGCUUGUGAAUUUAAGGAGCUAAUAGAUGAUUUGAUAAGGGAUCGCCUCAUAUGUGGAAUACAGGAGAACGUGCUGAGGGAGCGUUUGUUGCGAGAGCCGGACUUAACUCUAAAAAAGUCCCUGGAAAUAUGUAAUAUUGCGCAAAUAUCGAAAGUGCAGGCGGGGUCAAUCAAGAAAGAGUCCAGUGAACAUGAAGCUUAUACUUAUAAUAUUACAGCAAGUAAUAGUCAAGACCAGUUUAUGCUAGAGGAAGGCGGUAUUCCGUACGGUCAGGUGAAUUGGAUAUCAAGACGUGGAGGGUACGGAGCGCGAGGCGCGCCGAGGGGCAGAGGUCGCGGCUGGUCGCAGCCGGCCCCGCGCCCCGCGCCGCCGCGCCGCCGUGCCGCUCCUGCGCAAACAGCUGUUUCAUCGCGAGAGAUGAGACAACAACGUCAACAAACGGGACCUUAUGGUGAAAUUAAAUCUGGAGUGCAGUGUCUAAAGUGCGGGUUUGCUCACGAUACGUUAUCACGCGCUGUAGAACCGACGCGCGGUCCAGUUGAAGUACCGCGAGACCAGCUAGACUUGCAAGCACAAGUUUGUGCCAUCGCAGUGAGUAACCCGUUACUGGACACGCAUUUUGUAAAAAUACAAGUUGCUACGCAAAAUGAUGUGGAAAUACAAACAGUACUCAGUGAUAACGCGGUGACGUCAUCGAGCGGUGUGGCUGGCGCGCCGCGCGCCCUCGACACCGGGUUUGAUUCUCGUGACACGGUCGCGCACCCCGGUCCAUCCAGUAUACUGUCUGCUCCCACCAAUAAUAAUAGUAAUAACUAUGUUACUCGCUCCGGCAGGGAGGUGAUCGUUCCUGAUCGGUGGGGUUCGUGGGGCUGGUAA